AUGGCCAUCGGAACGAGACCGAACGGCCCGGACCCUCGUUUCGGGUGGUUUGCGAUCCCCAGAACUAUCGGACCCGGCUUCGUUUCGGGUGGUUGUCUGAGCCAUGCUUUUCCAACGCCCCUGAACUGGUUUCAGAGAACGAUGAGUCCAUCUGCGCGGUCCGCACCCUCGCACGCCUUCUGCCUGGGCUUCCGGACGAGUCCGAGUCGCUUCCUCCAAGAGGUGAGGUCAGGAGGGCUGUGUAGAGGUCGGGCGCAGAGAAGAGCCUUUGGAGGCGAUGCUGAUCUUGCGGCCGUGAUCUUUGGGCUGCUUCCACUGCUCCUCCUGCUGACGCUUCUCCGGGCAGCAGCCAAGAAACGCCGCGAGCGGCGGGGCAUUGAGGAGGCUGCUUUGAGCGCUGCUGUCGCGCUGCUCCCCGACGAAGGUCAACCAUUGGAGCUGAAACCCGUGAGCUCCGCCUUCGGGGCGGAGGUCCGAGGCGUUGACCUGGCGAAAGCACUUCCCAAAGAGCUCGCGAAGCUGUUCUGGCAGUAUGGCUUGCUGAUUUUUCGCGACCAAGACAUUGUGGAGGAGGAGCUGCUCCGCUGGGCCGCGGUGCUGGCAGAGCCGGCGAAGGCGGCCGGGCAGCCGCGGGCGCUGGCGAUCUAUCGGACCUGCGACCGGGAUCCCACGCCACGAGGACAAGACUUCUGGCAUUCGGACAACUCUUACGCUCCAGAGCCGGCGGGGCCGACGUUGCUCUAUGCCUUGAAAGUGCCACAGGGCACUGAGGGUCCUCUGGGCGACACGCUCUUCCUGGAUGCUGGGCUCAAGGCGGUGCGGCCGCAUUUGGAGAAAGCUCAGCUGGAGCAGAUGGCCUCUCUGCGGGCCAGGCACAACUUGGCUCACAAUGCGGGUCAUCCGCUAGCGGAGUUCGAGGACAAAGCUCCUGCAGAUGCUUGUCACCCGGUCUUACGCCAACAUCCCAUCACUGGAGAGGAAGUGGUCUUCGUGAACGAAGCCUACGUGCACCGGAUCGACUCCAUGUCCCAGGAGCAGUCCCAAAGCUGCUUGAAGCAGCUGCUGGCCGCGCUGCAGCGCGCGCCCGGCUAUCGUCACCGCUGGCGGGAGGGGGAUGUCUUGGUUUGGGACAACCAUCGGCUCCAGCACAAGGCGACCACGCUGCAAAUGCCCAAGGAUGCUGAGCGGGUCAUGUGGCGCGUGCAGACGCACGGCCCGGGCCUAGCCGGCGAUGAGUCAUGGGAUGAAAAGGCACCGUGGAAGCAGACGGUACUCUUCGUGUUGGUGGAUGGACAUGGCCUGAAGUUGGUUCAGAAGAAAGCCGUGAAGAACACCUCAGAGGGUUGGCGGUUCAGAACGAACAGAUUCCCAAGUCCAUUCUUGCCAGGCUACCAGGCUUCAAGUGGGGGUAUCCUGAGUAUCCCUGAGUAG